AGUUCUUACUUCAGACUUACCGUGAGUGUAGGUAGUAUUUUCGAUCUGAUACGAGGCUGCUACUACCAUGUUCCAAACUCACCCACUCACUCACUCACUCACUCAUGCAUAUGCUCAAUUGCUGCAUGAACCCCACGAGUCAUGGGCCAAGGCGCCACACCCUCCAAUGACUUUUUACACUCUAACAACAACGUCAAUCAACAUCACCACCGAAAACGGCAACGCCCCGAGCAACCGGCCUCGAACCGGGACCAAGAAAGCUUUGACACUUCGGAUCCGUGUGGGUACAGCCAGCGCGGACAGUGGACCGCAGCAAGAAAAAAAAACAUGAUGGCUUCAUUAUCUACAGAAACAAGUGGAACUCGGAACUCUUAGUCCCAAGCCCGUCAUUGGCUCCCAUGGCCCGGCAGUUGAAGCUUUGCCACAACUGGAGAAGAGCUAUCACGGUAAAGCGUCAAGAGUUACGUCAGUGAUGGUUACGGCAUGGAUCGCAAGGCUGGAGAUGGGUUACAAAUCUCAUGCACAGACAUUGGUUCCUUACAAAUCUGCAUGUUUCGAGAAUUAACUUAAUGGUUUCUUUAUAAAGACUUUUCCAUCUGGUUGAUUGACAAGUAUAUAUAGUCUAUAUCCAAGCGACGUUGACAGUGGGUAUCAUCAUCAAGCCCAUACAAUUCGACUUUGACACAAUCUCAACAGCUUCAGCUUCAUCCUUCACAAUGGCUCAAUCUAUCCCCAAGACUGUCAAGCAAUGGACCAUCCCCUCCCGUGAUGGAAAGGACUUUAGCGGUCUGAAGUUCAGCGAGAAGUCUGUUCCCGAGCUCGGUGACGGCCAAGUCCUCGUCAAGAUCCAGGGCGCUUCCCUCAACUACCGCGAUCUCAUCCUCCCUCUCGGAAAGUACCCUUUCCCCGCCAAGGACGGCGUCGUCCCCGGCUCCGAUGGCGCCGGCACUGUCCUCGCCGUCGGCAAGAACGUCACCCGCUUCCGCCCCGGCGACAAGGUCGUCACUCUCUUCAACCAGGGCCACAUCGGCGGUUCUCUCGACCAGCUCAGCAUCCAGACCGGUCUUGGUGGUGUAACUGACGGAACUUUCCGCACCGUCGGUGCCUUUGACGAGCACGGUCUUGUCCCCAUGCCCUCUAACCUCGACUUCCACGAGGCUGCUACUCUUACCUGCGCUGGUCUCACUGCCUGGAACGGUCUGUACGGUCUUGAGGGCAAGAAGCUCCUCCCUGGCCAGUGGGUUCUCACUCAGGGUACCGGUGGUGUUAGCAUCUUUGCUGUUCAGUUCGCCAAGGCUGCUGGUGCAAAGGUCAUCGCUACUACCAGCUCUGCUGAGAAGGCCAAGCUUCUUGAGAAGCUUGGUGCUGACCACAUCAUCAACUACCGCGAGACUCCUGAGUGGGGAGCCAAGGCCAAGGAGCUCACCGGCGGUGCUGGUGUCGACCACAUCAUCGAGGUUGCUGGCCCUGCAUCCAUGAAGCAGUCCCUCAACGCCAUCAAGAUCGACGGUGUCAUCUCAAUCAUCGGCUUCGUUGGCGGCACUGGUAAGAACGACCCUGGCUUCCUCGACUGCCUUUCCAACCUCUGCACCACCCGAGGUCUGCUUGUUGGAAGCCGUACUCAGAUGGAGGAUAUGUGCCGUGCUAUUGAGGCCAACCCUGAUAAGCUUCGACCUAUCGUUGACCCCAAGAUCUUCUCUCUGGAGCAGCUUCGUGAGGCUUAUGAGUACCAGUGGUCUGGCAAGCACCAGGGUAAGGUCUGCGUCAAGAUUGAGUAAGCGAUGAUUUAUGAGAAAAUACUGCCGGACGACAUGUGUCUUGGCUUUGACGUAUAGUACAUAGAAUUAAUAGAUACCACAUUUUUCGCAUGACCA